AUGACACUUGAGUAUCAAAGCGAGGGCGUUUGGCUUGGAACUCAGGUGGUUGGUUUUUGUGCUCAAUUCAUCGACAUCGACAAUAUAGCUCGAUUUGAUCAAAAUUUGGAUUGUUUUUCCUCAACGUUGCCUCGAUUCGGCGUCUUGCAAGACUACACUGCAAUGACUGUGACUCAACGGUAUACCGAGCUCGUUGUCGAUGGACAAACACAUUGUUUUGCACAUCGACCUGGUCAUCAACGCCGUGAAUUCGGACGACGUGGAAUGGGUAGAACUAUUCCAAAGGGUAAAUGGUGCAAUUUCCUCAUCCCGGGCGUGAUGCUACAGGGCUUGCCAUCCGGAAACCAACAAUACGAUUUGAUGACUGCUCGUGACUUCGCCUACCCGCGCAAUGAUGAGGAGAAGAACGACGUGUUG